AUCAUGACAGACCAAACUUUGGGAGGAGUUUUGAGGGACCCAUCCUCCUCUGGAAGGGUCAUCAAGUGGGCCAUGUUCCUCUCUCAAUAUGAUAUUUCUUACCAGCCCCGUUCCAUCAAGAAGGGCCAGGUCAUUGCAGAUUUCGUGGUGGAGUGUACAGCCAGAGGGUAGACCAAAGAGGACGGGACGAACCAGGAAAAAAAGGGAAAUGUGGGAAAUACACUCUCAUGGAUCCUGCACCAAAGACGGAUCAGGAGGAGGAGCGGUCCUCACCUCUCCUGAAGGCUUCAAGGCCUAUCAUUCCUUCAAGUUCAUGUUUCGGGCCACCAACAACGAAGCAGAAUAUGAGGCCCUCAUCGGGGGAAUCCAGGUUGCCCUAUUCAUGAAGAUAAAGAAUAUUCACCUCAAAUUUGACUCAAAACUAGCCAUUGGGCAGCUAAAAGGAGAAAUGGAGGCAAAGGAAGGAAGGCUGAAGAAAUACAGAGACUGCGCCAGGAGCCUACUUGGAAAAUUUGAGUAUUAUGAACUCAUAUAUGUUCCAAGAGAGGAAAAUGAAGAGGCGGACAUGCUUGCCAAAUUGUGUAGGACCGUCCCUGUCCACAUUGAAAGCAUGGUGAGGCAGCAUUGGAAGACUUGUCCUGUUUGGGAAGAGGCGGUCCCUGUCCUUGAGAUAUCCGGUCCAGGUACAACAUGGAUGAGCCCCCUAUCCACAUACCUUGAAAAGGGAGAGCUCCCUGUUGAUCCCAAGGAGGCCCGUAGAGUCCAAUUGCUGGCUCCUAAGUAUUAGUUGGAUGGAGGGAGAUUAUAUAAAAGGACCUUGGGUGGACCGAUGCUCAAGUGUUUGAGUGAAAGAGAAGCGGGAAGAAUACUGGAAGAGGUGCACCAAGGAGUCUGUUCUACCUAUCAAGGUGCCCUCACUUUGACAAGAAAGGUGAUACUCCAGG